GGGGCGGUGACUCUCACAGUGAAGGGGGUUACAUAAAAGUGUGUGAGAGUGAUGUCCAUGCUGCUGUGAGAGAGCUGUCUUUGGAGACCUGACCACCGGAGAACCGUCGAGAAGCCUUUUCUUUAAAAAAAAAAAAAAAUCCACAGCAGCACAGGCAGACUGCACAGAAAGAUGGCGGCUUCCCUGCUGAGGAUAGGACGACUGGGUUGUGUCAAGUGUUUGCAGGCUGAGAGCUGGAUCACUCUGAGUAGAGCACCUUCAGCUGCGGCCUUUAGCUCAAAAUCUGGUGGUUCUAAGAAGUCAUCCAAGAAGGACUCAGACAAAGACCAGGGUAAAACAUACUUCGAUAUAGAGAAACUUGUCCAGCACAAGACAUUCGAUCUUCCCAAGAGUGAUGUUUCUCAGGCAGUAACCGCUGCUGCAGCAGCAGCCGAAGCGGCAGCAAAACCUGUCGAGGCGUCCACAACCGCUGCUGCUGCUGCACCUGAGGCUGUAGCUGAGGCAGUUGUUGAAGCCACACCUGUGGUCGAAGCCGUCGCAGAAGCUGCACCAGUCGUCGAGGCCGUCGCAGAAGCCGCACCUGUGGUCGAGGCUGUUGUGGAGGCCGUUGCAGAAGCUGCACCUGUGGUUGAAGCCGUCGCAGAAGCCGCACCUGUGGUGGAAGCUGUCGCAGAAGCCACACCAGUAGUCGAGGCCGUCGCAGAAGCUGCACCUGUGGUUGAAGCCGUUGCAGAAGCCGCACCUGUGGUUGAAGCCGUGGCAGAAGCUGCACCUGUGGUUGAAGCCGUGGCAGAAGCUGCACCUGUGGUUGAAGCCGUGGCAGAAGCUGCACCUGUGGUUGAAGCCGUGGCCGAAGCUGCACCUGUGGUUGAAGCCGUGGCAGAAGCUGCACCUGUGGUUGAAGCCGUGGCAGAAGCUGCACCUGUGGUUGAAGCCGUGGCCGAAGCUGCUGAAGUGGCACCUGUGGUGGAAGCUGUCGCUGAAGCUGAAGCCGCACCUGUGAUGGAAGCUGUCAAUGAAGCCGUAGCAGAGAUUGUUGCAGAAGCUGCACCUAUUAUUGAAGCUGUUGCCGACGCUGUCGUCGAGGCUGCACCAGUGGUUGCUGAAGUGUUACCUGAAGCCGCACCAGUGGUUGAAGUAGUUGCUGAAGCUGCAGCAACCAUAGCUGAAGUUGCUGCUGAAGCCACUUCCCCCGAAGCUGAAACUGCAGCACCAGUAGAAGAGGUUCCCGUUGAAGCUGUUGAAGCAGCACCAGCUGCUGAAGAACCUGCAGCUGAAGCGGCCCCUGAAGCCCCUGCGGCUGAGGCUGCACCUGUUGCAGAAGUUCCCGUUGAAGCUGCUCCUGAAGCCCCUGCUGCCGAAGCUCCUGUAGAAGCCGCUGCCGAGCCUGCUGCUGAGGCCCUAGCCGAACCGGUUGAACCGUUUGAGGGUACACACUACUACCUCCCCCUCCCCCAAAAUCCUUCUCUUUUCCUCUGUGGACCCUGCAGUCUACCAGCACCCCUUAUACAAUUAUGCAGUAGCCGUUUGUGAUGAGGAUUAACGAUAAACUGUAAAGAUACCGGACAUCACAAACACAAUUUUUUUUUUAAAUUUUUUUUUUUUGGGUUCUGUCGAUGCAAAACUUUUGGUGUCACUUCUUCUUUAACAUUCAAACGAUAUUUCCC